AAGUGUAUAGUGGCUGUCAUUGGAACAACUGGAGUUGGUAAAUCCAAACUUGCUGUUCAGAUUGCAAAGGCUAUUGGAGGUCAAAUUGUCAAUGCAGACUCUAUGCAAGUUUACAAAGGUCUGGAUAUUGCUACCAACAAACCCACAUCUAAUGAACUGGCUCUCGUUCCACAUCACCUUUUCAGUUUUGUCGAUCCAUUGCAUGAAUACUCCAUGUCGCAAUUUUCUCGAGAUGCACAGGCUGCAAUUGAUACCAUUCACGCUCAAAAACAUAUACCGGUAAUUGUUGGUGGGACCAACUAUUAUAUCCAAUCACUGCUAUGGGAGGAUGUAACUAUCCCAUCUGCACCAACUGCUGGAUUGGGAGGUCAAGGUCCGCUUGAAGAAAAUAUUCAUCCAUCCAUAGAUCAGACAUCAGAAUUUUAUUGUGGUCUAGAUAUGGCACACAGAUGGCAUCCAAAAAACUAUCGCAAAAUCAGACGCAGCCUUGAGAUUUAUUUGGUAACAGGUAAAUUGCACAGUUUAAUUGUUUAUUAUUGUAAAACUAAUCUUAGGUAUCCGACUGUUUUUAUUUGGCUAAACAGUCAAAGAAGUAUUUUAAAUAAUCGAUUAAAUGAUCGUGUAGACGAAAUGAUUUCUAACGGACUGUUUAGUGAGUUGCAAGAAAUGCGCAAUAAAGUGCUGGCCGGACAAGUGAUUGAGUUUGAAGAAUACUUUAAAACACUUGAAUCAAAGGAUUCAUCUAAACACGCAGCUUUAGAUCGUAUGAAAUUGCUCGGCAUAGAGGCCAUGAAAACGGCAACACGUCAAUACGCUCGUCAACAAACCACAUGGAUUCGAAAUAAGCUUGCUCCAGCUUGUCUUGCUGAACACAUUGAUGGUCAUGCAGCAUUUUACCUUAUUGAUGCAACCGUGCUGGAUGACUGGGAAACCCGUAUACAAUCCCAAGCAAUUCAAUUGGUGGAGUCAUUUGUCAAGGAUGGCAAGACAGUUGAUCCGCAAUCAAUAUCUGACGCUGCCAAGGAACUUUUGCCCAAUUUGGCGGAUAUAAAAAAGGAAAAAGAUAGACAUCGUUGGGGAAAACGAAGAUGCGAUGUGUGCAUAGAUAUAACAACCAAACUUCCAAAAGUUGUACACGGUGAGCAUGAAUGGCAGAUUCAUAUCAAUUCUCGUAAACAUCGUAAGCGUGUC